UAAGCACGUGAGUCGCUUUUUCAUAUCAAAAUGACAAUUCAUCACUGGAUGAAAACAUCAGCUGUAGAUGAAGCAUUUGGGCACAGUUUGGAAAAUGUAUCCUCGUUGAAAGCCGUGAGUCUGUGAGAAAUGGAAACAGCCGCUCUUUUAGCUCCUGUCACGAGUUUGGAGUUCGUACGAGAUGAAUUUCUCCUCACAGGUGAAGGUCCAGUCUUGUCAGUGUACACCCUCCAUCCUCGUCCUAAAGCUCUCACAUCACUGAGUAUCCUCCAGCGACACAGAAUCCAUGGAAUUAGAACGAGAAGUCAAGCAGCUUUGCCAGCAAACAGCUCUCCUGCAGCAGCAGGCCACAGAGAGGAGGGACAUGCAAUCAGCUGCACCACGGAGCCCAUCUGUUAUGAUGUAGCUGUAUUUGGAGGGAAGGCUGUGAGGCUGUUGAGGCUCCACAGGGACCCCCAGAUUGGAGAGCACAUACACUUAGAGCUUCUAGGUCCCCUCAUGGAGCUCCAGGACUGGGCCCUGGAUGUCCGCUGGCUCUCUGGAGACCAUCAGUCUCAGCUUUGUGUGGCUGUUGCUCACAAUAGUGCUCUGCUUCUGGAUGUGAGUCAAGGACAGGCAGUGAUCCAGCGCUCCUGUCAGGAGGGAUGUUUGCUUUACUCCGCCCUCCUCCUGACACAUGAUUUCUGGUCAGAUACAGUUUUAGUGGGAGGGACUGUUUUCAACCAGCUGGUUCUGUGGAAACCUGGGGAAGGCAAUAGUAGCAGAGCUAAUGUCAAAGCACCAGUUGAGCGGCGUCUGUUGGGCCACAGUGGCGUCAUCUUCAGCAUCUCUUACAUCCUGGAGAGGGGGUAUCUGGCAUCAGCCUCCGAUGACCGCAGUGUGCGGGUGUGGGGUGUCGGUGCUUUAGGCGGUCCCGGAGGAAAAUGUGGGGAUUUGAACCCGGCUUGCUUACAGGUCCUGUAUGGACACCAGGCCAGGGUUUUCUCAGUACAUCUGUCGCCAGGGAAAGUGUUCAGCGCUGGUGAAGACGGUGCCUGUUUAGUGUGGGAUUGGGCCAGAGACGGAAAGGUGGUUCACGCGUUGAAAGGACAUCGAGCAGGCGGCGUUCGUGCACUCGCGGUCAGCGAAGGAGAAGGAGGUGAGGGAAAGUGGGUGGCUACAGGGGGAGCAGAUGGAGGAGUGAGGCUGUGGAGAGUAGAAGGAGAGGAGAAGGAUGAGAGCAUGGAGGAAGCAGUGACAGAGAGACUGACUGACCUGAAGUUUCCUGGUGACGGCCUGCCUAAAGUAGUCCGUAUUGCAGGAGAAGAGGAUGAAAACAUGAGCUGGAGUCAGAUUAAGUUUGUGGUUUGUACUGACAAAGGGUUAGUUUACCAGUACAGUCACGGGAUGUGGGAAGUAGUCUGGCAGGGACCUCCUGAGUUUCAGUCCUACUGCGUGAUGGAAACAGUAACGGUCACUGUGAAACAGUCAGUUGCUAAAGCUUGUUUGUGUGCUGUAGGAAACAUCAGUGGGUCUUUGCAGUUGUUUCCCACUUCCCAUCCUCACUGUGGCAUUCAUCUCUCAGCUGGUUCGGGGAAGAUCCAUAGUCUGAUUUGGCAAAAGGCAGAGAGUGGCGUGUAUUUGCUCGCCUCAGGUGCUGAAGGACUUGUCUAUCGUUGGUUUGUGGAGGUAAAUUUCAGUCGUGAAGGUUCUAUAGUCCUUGGUGUCAAUCCUCUUCCAUGUUUCCUCCUUCCACCUUGUGCUAAACGCUGGCUUACAGCUGCCGUGCGCCUUCGCUCCAGAUCACAGCCGGUGCUUUGGGUGUGUGGAGACCGAAGGGGGUCCCUGAUUAUGUUCCCAGAUAGAGAGCAAACAAAGCAAAAUGAAGUGCAUGAGGAAGGGAUGAGCGAGGUCCUGCUCAGAGACAGAAAACAACCGGCUCAUGAAGAAGGUGGAACUGCGCAAGAUGACAUCUGUGCAGAUGUAAAACAGGGAACAAUGGACACAAGAGAAAACCCAGAUGGAGUCCUGGAGCCACUGAGCUGCUUGUUUGGGGUGCAUGGAAAACAGGGCGUCACCUCAGUGUGUGAGUACCGAGGGCUGCUGUACAGCACGGGGAGGGACGGCUGCGUCAGAGUUUUCAGAGUUCAGUCAGCGAAACAUGCAGAGACUGGACGCAUUAGCGCUGGACAGAGUGCUGAAAAUAAAGAAAGGCUUCAGCUGGAAGUUCUCAGAGUGCAGCGGGCCUGCAGAGGCAUGGAGUGGCUGGAGAGAAUUUUGAUUCUUAGGUCAGAAAUCUCAGAAGAAGAGCUUGGAGAGGAGAGUGAGCAUGGCUUUUUGGAGGGAGAAAAAGACGAACUGGGAUUUAACAGAGUGAAAGGAAGAGAAGCCAGAUUUGUCAUUGUUGGCUUCCAUGCAGUCCACUUUGUGGUCUGGGACCCUGUGAAGCAGGAGAGGCUGCUAGCUGUGCCUUGUGGAGGAGGCCACCGCUCCUGGAGCCUCUGGCCUUCAUAUAAAGGGGUUUGGCCUGGAUAUGGAGCUUUAGUCUUCAUUAAACAGGGUUCUGUUCUGGCUUCAGAGCCCCCCAGGGAGGGGGCAGGAAAGAGUGGAGGAUGGGGGCUGAGAGAGGGUGUCCACGGGAGGGGGAUAGGGUGUGUGUGCAGGUUAGGGAGGAUCGUGGAUGCUGAAAAUGAUGGAGGCAAGGUGGGAAGAGAGGAGAGGCAGUGGGAGAUCGUGGUGAUGGGAGGGGAGGACACCAGCCUGUCCGUCCUUGCCGUGAAUCCAAUCACUGGCAGCAUCAAAGUCCUCUCCGUCAUCACUGACCACAUCUCCAGCGUCCGAACCAUGACGGCAAUAACCAGUCCGGACGCAGGACGAGGAAGACAGUUGCGGAGUCUCUCGGCCCUGCUGCUGUCUGCCGGCGGCCGGGCUCAGAUUCAGUGCUACCGGCUGCUGCUCGCCUGGGACAGGCAGCGAGCCGCUCCGUCCUGCCAGGUCAUCCAGGUCGCCAGCCACAGGCUGGACGCAGAGUGGGAGAGGAGGCGGAACCGGCACAAGACGGUGAAAAUGGACCCAGAAACAAGGUACAUGUCCAUUACAGUAGUGGAUGAAAAGACUGACGGUGUGCUUGUAGCUUUGUCCUGCAGUGAUGGAGCCAUCAGAUUGUUGUCCGUCAGUGAAGGUAAAAGACAGAUUGAUUUGUUGUGGGAGACGUUUCACCACCAGCGCUGUGUGCUCAGCGUUGCCACCUGCAACUUGGAGGAUGAUAAAGGCAGCAGGUAUAAACUGCUGUUCAGCGCUGCAACAGAUGGAAAAGUUGCACUGUGGCAUUUGACUGAAGCCUUAUUGUCGUCCUCUGAUAAUGCGAGUGGCGCUGCGACGCGGCCGAUGCCCUGCCUCGAGAUUCCUGCCCACCAGAGCGGUGUCAACUCACUGGCCGUUUGGGCCGAGAAUCCAGGGCAGCAGGAGUGCGGUUGCCUGGUAACAGUCGCCAGCGGAGGAGAUGAUGGACAGCUGACUGUAUCGACAGUCAGGGUGCAGUACCCAGACGGUGCGAAGAUUGGGGGCAGCAGAGGAUUUCCUCAGACGUCUGAGUCCCCGGCUCUGCCCGGACCACAGUUCCAACACACAGACCAGCUCCGGCUGAGCCUCCGCUCUCAGGCGCACGUCGAGCUGGCGCACGCUGCUCCACUAACCGCCCUGAAGCUCCUGAGCCCCGGCCUCCUGGUCUCCACGUCCUCGGAUCAAAGGGUCUGCCUGUGGAAGGUCAGCAGUGACCGUGUGAGCCACAGCGGGGCGCUGUGCAGCCAUGUUGCUGACGCUGCUGGACUUGCAGUGUGGGAAGGGGGAGGUGGAGAAAACAUGGCAAGGAGAGGGGUGGAAGCAGAGGGUGAGACAGCAGGCGGGAUCAGCAGCCAAGAAACGGCCGACGAGGUCAAAGGUGGAGAGUCCACCGAAGCAGGGAGAGAGACAGGUGACCUGGUUUGGAGUAUCGAUGAUGAAAAAAGAGCUGAGGUAAAUACUCGAGGGAUCCAUCUUGCUAAAUCCUCACCGUCUGCAGCGAUGAAAUGCCAGAAGGGAAAUCGUCCCUGCAUCCUCUUGACAACAUGAGUCUGUGAAGGAUGUUUUUCUUGACCCAGGAGAACAAGAAAUAAGAGAACUGCAGUGAGAGUGGGACGGGAGUGACAUUUUCCAUCCUUCAGAGAGAUUGUAAUGUCACGUGAACGGCUGCCUGUCAUUGGUUCCUCUGGAAGAAAAGCAACAGCCAAGGUCCCCCACUCUUCUCAAGCUCUCCAACGUUCCCACCAGACCAUCCGCCGAAAAGCUACCCAGCAGCAGCAAGCGUCCUCCUCCCAUCCUCAUCCGGGGCCUUCCUCCAUCCUCCUCUCAGACAGCACCAUGACUCCCUGGGGAGGCCUCGCUCUCUCCGACUCCUCCUUCACCUCGAUUCCCAAAGCAGUUCCAAGACCCCCUCUCCCUCCACCUCCACCUCCACCCCCUCCGGCCCCCCAGCCCACGCCGGCCACUCCUUAUCCCAGGAGGCAGGUGGAGGAAGAAGACUGUUCAAGUUCAAGUCUCAACUCUGAAGCCCCCUCUCCACCGCCGGCGCUCCCUCAGAACACGGCAGCUGCUCUGGGGAAAGGUCUGCGGGCCAGGAAGAGAGUCUUGCCUCAGCGGCGUCUCCCUCGCCCUCCCCGCCUGCCGCCGCUGCGUCCCAUCACCGACCUGAGCUUCUCCCGGAGCUUCACCUUCUCCUUCUUCGAGCUCCCCCUGCACCAGUCCCCCCGAUGCCGGGCCGAGCGCGUCAGAAACCUCCUGCUUCUGCUCAAACAGAUCCACUACUGACAGCUUCAAGCUGCCUGAUGGACCACUGAAUUUUACUCAUACGGAUCACGAAGAUUCCCUUUCUCCUAAAAAUAUAAGAUGUAGUUCUUUCUUUGUGAUGCAGUGAGUCUUAUCACACGUGUGUGACGUUUAAUCUUGUGAAGGAACUAUUAAUCUCGUUGAGCAUCGUUUGAUAUGUGGUUUCCUGCUGAUGAGUGUUGUCAGUUGUAAAUGAU